AUUUUUUUUCCGCUUUACUUCUAAAGUCAAUACAACGAUAGUUAUUGGCGCGGGGAAGACGGAAUACAGUUGUCUGGGAUGGAUAAUGCCCAUACGAAGACGGUCGAGGAGGUGUUGGGAUAUUUCUGUGUUAAUGAAUCGACAGGACUGAGCUGUGAACAGCUGCGAAAGAGCAGGGAACGAUGGGGUCCUAACGAGUUGCCAGCGGAGGAAGGGAAGUCACUAUGGGAACUGGUGUUAGAGCAGUUUGAAGACCUGCUCGUGCGCAUUCUCCUGCUGGCUGCCUGUAUCUCCUUCACUCUUGCCUGGUUUGAGGAGGGUGAGGGUACUAUUACGGCCUUUGUCGAGCCCUUCGUCAUUCUCCUCAUCCUCAUCGCGAACGCCAUCGUUGGGGUGUGGCAAGAGCGAAAUGCAGAAAAUGCUAUCGAGGCGUUGAAGGAGUAUGAACCAGAGAUGGGGAAAGUGUAUCGUCAGGACAGGAAGAGUGUGCAGAGAGUCAGAGCCAGAGACAUUGUGCCCGGAGACAUUGUGGAGGUGGCAGUGGGUGAUAAGGUCCCGGCGGAUAUCAGGCUGACCUCCAUUCGAUCCACUACGCUGAGAGUGGACCAGUCCAUUCUGACGGGGGAGUCCGUCUCAGUUCUCAAACACACCGACCCAGUGCCAGACCCAAGGGCCGUCAACCAGGACAAGAAGAACAUGCUGUUCUCUGGGACGAACAUUGCCGCGGGGCGAGCCAUGGGCGUGGUGGUGGCCACGGGGGUGCACACAGAGAUUGGGAAAAUCAGAGACGAAAUGGCUGCCACGGAUCCGGAGAGAACCCCGCUACAGCAGAAACUCGACCAGUUCGGAGAACAGCUCUCCAAGGUGAUCUCUGUGAUCUGUGUGGCAGUAUGGGGCAUAAACAUUGGUCAUUUCAAUGACCCUGUCCAUGGGGGAAGCUGGCUGAGAGGAGCUGUUUACUAUUUUAAAAUCGCCGUAGCGCUGGCAGUGGCCGCCAUCCCAGAGGGUCUGCCUGCUGUCAUCACCACCUGCCUGGCACUGGGCACGCGGCGCAUGGCCCGUAAAAACGCCAUCGUGCGCUCCCUGCCCUCCGUGGAGACGCUGGGCUGCACCUCCGUCAUCUGCUCCGACAAGACUGGCACUCUCACGACCAAUCAGAUGUCUGUGUGCCGGUUGUUUGUUGUGGACAGUGUGUCGGGAGACAGGUGCAUCUUCAAUGAGUUUACAGUGACUGGAUCCACUUAUGCACCUGAAGGCGAAGUGUAUAAAGAUGGGGUAGCUGUACGCUGUAGUCAGUAUGAGGGUUUGGUGGAAUUGGCUUCAAUCUGUGCUCUGUGUAACGACUCCUCUCUGGACUACAAUGAGGCUAAAGGUGUGUAUGAGAAGGUCGGAGAGGCGACUGAGACGGCGCUGUGUUGUCUGGUGGAGAAGAUGAAUGUUUUUGACACAGACCUGAGGGGUCUAACACCAGUAGAGAGAGCCACUGCCUGCUGCUCGGUGAUAAAACAGCUGAUGAGGAAGGAGUUGACCCUGGAGUUCUCCAGAGACAGGAAGUCCAUGUCUGUCUUCUGCAGUCCGAACAAGCUCACUCGCACUGCAACCGGAGCCAAGAUGUUCGUGAAGGGGGCUCCGGAGAGCGUGCUGGAGCGUUGCCGUUGGAUACGGGUGGGCGGGGGAGCCCGAGUGCCACUGACCCCCGACCUGCGGGAGCAGCUUUUGGAGACGGUGCGCGAGUGGGGCUCGGGCCGGGACACGCUGCGGUGCCUCGCCAUGGCAACCCGAGACUCGCCGCCCGACCCGCGUACCCUCAACCUGGAGAACUCCGCUGCCUUCACGGAGUACGAGUCUGAGCUGACAUUCGUGGGUUGUGUGGGGAUGUUGGACCCUCCCAGGAAAGAGGUGCUUAACGCAGUACGGAUGUGCCGACAGGCAGGAAUCAGAGUCAUCAUGAUCACAGGCGACAAUAAGGGCACGGCUCUGUCCAUCUGCCGUCGCGUGGGCAUCAUCACGGAGCAGGAGGAAGAGGAGGGCGAGGGCGGGCCGUUCGGCGGGGCCCUGACGGGCAGAGAGUUCGACGAGCUGCCCCCCCACCUGCAGCGCCAGGCCUGUCGCACCGCCCGCUGCUUCGCCCGCGUGGAGCCCACGCACAAGAGCCGUAUCGUGGAGUAUCUCCAGAGCCUCAACGACAUCACCGCCAUGACGGGCGACGGGGUGAACGACGCGCCCGCCCUGAAGAAGGCGGAGAUCGGUAUCGCCAUGGGCUCGGGCACGGCGGUGGCGAAGUCGGCCUCGGAGAUGAUCCUGGCCGACGACAACUUCUCCACCAUCGUGGCGGCCGUGGAGGAGGGCCGAGCCAUUUACAACAACAUGAAACAGUUCAUCCGCUACCUCAUCUCCUCCAACAUCGGAGAGGUCGUCUGUAUUUUCCUGACGGCUGCUCUGGGCAUGCCCGAGGCUCUGAUCCCAGUUCAGCUGCUGUGGGUGAAUCUGGUGACGGACGGCUUCCCGGCCACUGCGCUGGGCUUUAACCCCCCAGACCUGGACAUCAUGUCCCGCCCACCGCGCUCCCCCCGAGAACCACUCAUCUCCGGAUGGCUCUUCUGUAGAUACCUUAUCAUUGGCUGCUACGUCGGGGUGGCGACAGUUGGUGCUGCAGCAUGGUGGUUUAUGGCAGCCCAUGAUGGACCCAAACUUUCUUUCUACCAGUUGUCACACUACCUGCAGUGCAGUGAGGGUCAUGAGGAGUUUGCCGGUGUGCAGUGCUCUGUCUUCGAGUCGCCCUAUCCAAUGACUAUGGCUCUGUCUGUGCUUGUUACCAUAGAGAUGUGUAACGCUCUCAACAGUUUGUCUGAGAACCAGUCCCUGCUGAAGAUGCCACCCUGGUCUAAUCCCUGGUUGGUGGGAGCUAUAUGCCUUUCCAUGGCUCUCCAUUUUCUCAUCCUUUACGUGGACCCCCUGCCCGUGAUUUUCCAGAUCCGGCCGUUGUCGUGGCCGCAGUGGGUCACCGUGCUAAAGAUGUCGCUUCCCGUCAUUUUGAUGGACGAGGCGCUGAAAUUCCUGGCUCGGAAUUACAUCGAGCCCGGGAACGACCUGAUGCAGGAGGACGAGGAGCAUCAGGGCCAAGGGGACGCGGGCGGGGCCAGAGGCGCGGUCGACGCCCUGGCCGCGCCCGUCCGUCGCUCUCUCAAGGGCGUGUCCUGGGCGUUCGUUUUAGUAUCAGCUCCCCUUCUGAUCUGGAUCUACAGCCUAGACUCUGACAUCACUAAUAUCUUUUGGGAGUAGAGAGAGAGAGAGAGAGAGAGAGAGAGAGAAGGAUGGAGGGGGAGUAAUGAAUUGGAGCGGUUUGGGUUAAAAGUGAACGGGUAUGAAGAAAAAUAAAACGAAGGAUUUUUUUUUUGUAGAAAAUGACCAAAGGAAGAAAAAGGAGGAAGAAAGGGAGGAGUUAAAAUGAGCGAAGUAGAAAAUUCAAAGAGAGGAAAAAAAAAAAAGGAGAAAAAUGAAGAGAGGGAGUUUGGGAGGGAGCGCAGGUGAGGCGGGAGGAGGGAAACCUCCGAGUGAAAUUCAUCUUGACACUGCGGGAUUAAGGUCACCAGACUGAACUAUG